ACUGGCCCGUCUGCUUGGCUACUGUCACUCCUCAAUCUUUGUCCCGUUUGAUCUUAGGUUAUCAACAUUUUAAAGCUUUGCGUUGGCUAAUUUUUUUUUACAGAAACAGAAUAAAUCCAAAUAUCUAAAAAUUGUUCUUUAAAACCCAAGAUUACCAAAAAAUGUUGCUAAUGGUUAGGCCGAUUGUGUUUGUUUGUUUUAGAGGUUAAGUCCAAUCCCCUCUUUAAAAUGGAAACCCUAUUUUCUAAAUAUGUGCACAUCACAUUAGUUGUUGCUUUAUACUGGGUUGUAUCAAUCUUUACUGUAUUCAUAAACAAAGCCUUGUUGAGUGGAGACGAUGUGAAGUUAGAAGCACCGAUUUUUAUAGCAUGGUUCCAGUGUGUCGUCUCAGCACUGAUAUGUUUUAUUUUGGCUCGAAUAUCAAAGCGUUUUCCACAUCAGUUCAGUUUCCCAUCAGGAAACCCCUUUGAUCUAGAUGUGGCACGACAGGUGAUUCCUCUAUCUUUGUUGUUUGCUGGAAUGAUCUGCUUCAACAAUCUCUGUCUCAAAUAUGUUGGAGUGGCAUUUUACUACGUAGGAAGAUCGUUAACAACAGUGUUCAAUGUACUUUUUACGUAUUUAGUUUUACAUGAAAAGACUUCAAUACGAUGCAUCGUAUGCUGUAUCAUAAUCGUUGCGGGGUUUUUAAUGGGGGUAAAUGAAGAAAAUGGAUCAGGCACUUUGUCAGUGAUGGGAGUUCUAUAUGGUGUGCUGGCCUCAUUAUGCGUGGCCCUUUAUUCUAUAAAUACCAAGAAAGUUUUACCAGUUGUAAACAAUCACAUAUGGUUGUUGUCGUUCUACAAUAAUGUUUAUUCAUCUGUGAUAUUCAUACCAUUUAUCAUCAUUUACAAAGAAGUCCCUGUAAUUAUUAGUUAUGAGAAGUUGGAUUCUUUGUAUUUCUGGACCCUUAUGGUGGUCGGUGGUUUAUGUGGCCUAGCAAUAGGAUACGUUACUUCGUUACAAAUAAAGGUGACAUCGCCAUUGACCCACAACAUAUCAGGGACGGCCAAGGCAUGCGCACAGACGGUGCUGGCUACCUACUGGUACGACGAGAGCAAGACUCGACUUUGGUGGGUGUCCAACAUGGUGGUGCUAGCUGGCAGCGCAGCGUACACUCGAGUGCGGCAACAAGAAGUCGAAGAGAGGUUCCGCCGGAGGCUAGUGGUCUGAGAGAAGACUUUCUGAAUUGCACGGUUUUUAUUGCACAAAUAUUUGACAAGGUGGUCGUUAUGUGAACAUUUUGUUUAAUGCUCACAAAUGGGUGUAUACUAAAUGAUUGAUGAACAAAUAAUCCUGACUGAUCAAAAUAGUGAUGCAGCUUAGAGGAGUGGUACAGUAGGAUUAAAUCCAAGUGGGACAGUCUUAAUGUUCCUGCGACAAUGUAUGUAUAUUUAUUGCCAUAUCACACAAAAAUAGUGUGGUAAUAAAACACAUAUUAGCUUCAGUUUACACAAUUUUUUGCAAGGAGGGUUGGAUAACAUGAGAUUGAAAAUCAGACUCUCUGUAUUAUGAAUUAAAAGAGAGUUUGCAACGAGUGUAAAGAGAUGUUUCUUUUGCAAUAAAAUUGUUAACAACCAAACAAUUAAAGACAACCAAUUCAAAACUGUUUUAAUCAUUCCUUAGAAUCAAACUACAGUAACAACAUUUUGUUAUUUUGAUAACUAUUGGAAGCAUGCUAAGUAGAAAUAGUCCAGACAACAAGCAAGGAGUGUGUUAUUUCCAGCAAUCUAAAUCAGUCUUUGACACUUUGCAUUUAUCCAAGCCAAAGAAUAUGUUAAACCAUGUCAUUAUGUAAAUUUUAAAUUUAAAAUUAAGUAAUAUAAGUUUUAAACUGUAAAAACUUUUCGUUUUCUGUUGUUGAAUUUGCCAUUUUUAGAAUACGUUGUGUUUUGUAAUACAGAUUUGGUGAUAUUUAUUAAAAGUUAG